ACCCAUUUGCAUUUCUUUCUCAUUCCACCAUGGCCAGUUACAUUGGAAAGCCCAUUUCGCUUAUAUCGCAUUCGGAUGUACGUUACCGGGGCAUCCUGGCGGGUAUUGACGCGAAUGCGUCGACGAUUCAGUUGUCGAAGGUGUAUUCAAUGGGAACGGAGGGUAGGAGACCUGCUGCAGAGUUCAUACCACCAGUGCAAGAGCCCUACCAAUAUAUCAUCUUUCGUGCGUCGGAGGUUAAGGAUUUGGCGGUAGACGAACAGCAACAAGUUCCUCAUCGAAACGUCCACGAUGACCCUGCAGUCAUUAACGCUUCUACCGGUCCUCCUGUCGCAGCAGGAUAUUCACCAUAUCCUCAAGCCCCGGUUCCCAAUCCUGCCUAUGUGCAACCGCCGCCGCCCCAGGUAGCUCCUCCGACUCAGCCAGAACCAGCUCCUACCCCUCCGCGUCUUCAACAACAAAACCGCCGUGCAAACCCUGUCCAUACGGCGGCAGCGUCCAUGGAGACUGUCGAGCGUGCCCUCGGUGACCUACGGGUAUCAAAUACGGGGAAUGGAAGCCGUCGACGCCACCCGCAGCAGAAGGAGCAGAUCAAAGUGCCUUCCACUGACUUUGACUUUGAGAGCAGUAAUGCACGGUUCGACAAGCCUGGGGCGAAAAAGGGCGAUGAGGAAGAGAAGGAGAAGGAACCUGCUGCAUACAAUCCGGAAAAGUCGUUCUUUGACUCGUUGACGCCUGCACCUGUACGAGGCGGAGGUGGAGGCGGCAGAGGUGCUGGAAGGGGGGGACACCCUGGUAGGAAUCGACGAGAAGAGGAGAGGGAGAGGAACGUGGCGACGUUUGGGGAGCCGGGGGGUGUUGGACUCAUGGGACCUGGGGCGUAUGUCAAUGGCUGGGGCGGGUAUGGACGGCGGGGUGGCGGCAGACCAAGGAGGGGCGGGCCACCCAAUGGUGCCGACGUUAACACGCGCUGAGUGACUUGUUUUUUUUGUACUUGUUGGUAUUGCCUCGACCAGUUGUCUCUUUUUGUCGACGUUGCUGUUAGCGCUUUACUUGUUGAAAUGAUUUUCCACCCUGUGAAGCAUUGAACUCAGUGACAUUGUUCCAAUGUGGUUGGAAAUCAAAUUUUUUGUUGUCGAGGGGCAACCGGAUAACCGGUCCGGUAUUAACCGAGAAAGCUUUGCAUACUUAUGGGUCAAAUUCGGCUGUUUUUUUUGCUAAAUUUGCG